AUGGGAGUUGCUGAUUGGCCCGCUGGGAUUUACGCACUGCCGAAACCAAAACGAGGCUGCCCAGGCGCGUCCAGCGUCUGGCAAGAAACCUCGAUAUUUGUCAAUCUUUCAACGACAAACAUUUUACAACCGACACUGUGGAACAAUUCUCAUUUAUCCGGGCAAUCAACGAAUGACACUUUCAAUAUAGACAUAUGCACGAGGACACAGGGAAGUGACGCAGAUGAUGGCGAAACGACUAACAACGCGUGGCCAGCUGGGAAAUAUUGUACAUACUCCAUGUUGUCACCGUCUGUGGCCGUUAACUUCGCUCCAAUAACGAAUAGUACAUCUAGCCCUUACAACCACGGCGUGUUAAACGCGUCGUAUAAUUGCCCACGUGGUUUUACGGAAGGGUCAUUGAUCUGGCCUUUCCCGACGUGGUCAAAAGAGGGUGUUUCAUCUCCUUAUGUAUCACCGUCCCCUAAUUCGACGCAGUCUUACUAUUGCUGCCAAGCGACGGGAGAUACUGAGAAACCCAUCCAACUACCAACAGAGAAGCCGUUUCUGCUGUUUCCCUUUGGCAAUAAAUGUCAGCAAGUCAAGGAUAUGUCAGUGUCGUUGGAAAAGAUUGAAUGGAACUUUAAUAGAAGGUUUUACUCCGGGCCCCAAACAAGAGAAACACUACCGUUCACCGAGGAGGGAAGUAAUAAUAGAACUCAGUUUUACUGUUAUUAUUCAAGGGAAGAGAACAAAGCGAAACCAAUUUCGAAGUACGGUUCUCACUACCGUAUCCUGGACAGUAAUAGUACAGAUACAAAGGACGAUUCGUCAAUAUUAAUGGGAGUACCACCUGACUACCCGCCACCACCUGAUUACACGUACAUCAAAAUUAUAGUGGCCGUGGUAAUCGUGGGAACACCGGGAACGACAUUACUUGUACUUUGCAUACUACGUACAAGAAAUAUACACAUGAGAAAGAAUUUUAGAAAAAGGGAAAGUUACAGGAUGGCGUCUUUCACCUACCAGUCUUCGCUAAGCAUGCGACGUUACUCCAAUUCACCACCAUCUUCGGACGACCAUAAAAGCGAAAAACCAUUGAAAGGACAUAGUUUCAAGUUCCACAAUAACCGUUUGUCGGCCAAUAGUAACAAAAAGAGAUAUGACAUAUGA